AUGAAACCAUGGUGUGUUUGUCAACCUUAUCAAGAUAUGACUAGACCAUUAACCGACUACUUUAUCAAGACUUCACAUAAUACGUAUCUAUUUGGUAAUCAAGUAUGGGGCGAUAGUAAUCCGGAAGCUUACAACAAAUUACUGCGUACUGGUUGUCGCGCCGUCGAACUUGAUUGCUACGAUGGUGACAAUGGACGACCUAUAGUGAAACAUGCUUAUACACUUGUCAAACCAUGUCUUUUUGAAUCGAUCAUUCGUUUAAUAAAACCGAAUCUUUUCAGUAAAUCACCGUAA